AAGCCAAGUAUUGAGUAGGUAGUAAGUAAGUAGCCUAGGUGGUUUCGAACACACCCUACUGCUCUGUCCAUGGAUAUGUCCGCUUCCGCUGCUGAAAGCGUCUUAAAUGAAGUACAGGAGCUGAGAAAGGAGCUACGGCGGCGGCGCCAGAAAACCAAAUUACAUACAGCAGAUCCAGACCUAGUACUGAAGGGAAAUUCAAAUUGAGCGGAAGUACUAAGGCGGGCGGAGCCAGGCUAAAUAAGAGCUGCACUGGGACUUGAAGAUCAGAACUAACCCCAGAGCUGGUAGAGCACACCAGACCAAGUCAAGAUCCACCUGAAGACAAACUAAACCAAGGCCAGACCAAGGAGCACCUCAAGCCCAAACAGAAGUCCACAAGAGAACCAUGGAGCUCAUGUUCCUCCUCUUGGUGGCCUUCAUCUUCUCCAGCGGCCAGUGCCUGGAUACGGACUUCUCCACGGACCCCUCCUCGGACUUCGAACACGCCGAACUGACCGACUGCCAGCCCGACAGCUGCACCGUCUGCAGAGAAAUGUCCGCCAUGCGGGAGCGUCUGGCGGCCAUGGCCUGCACGCAGGAUGGCCUGAUGAAGAGCGUCCGCUCCCUCAGGACGGCGAUGGCGGCGAACCAGAAAGAGCUAGGAGUCAGCAGCGCCCAGAUCCCGCCGCUGCAAGGUCUGACCCAGGAGCUGGCCCAGCAGCUCACGGCUCUGCAGGAAAGCACAUCGGCCGCGGUGCCCCGGCAGGCCUUCACCGCCGUGCUGGGCCACUCCCUCGGCCCUCUCCCCAUUCACAGGGCAGUCAAGUACCCGCUGAUCAUCACCAACAUAGGCAACGGCUACAACCCGGCCACGGGCUCCUUCACCGCCCGGGUGUCCGGCAUGUACUACUUCAGCUACACCAUGUACAGCGGGAGUCCAACUACCAACUCGGUGGUGGGGCUGAUGAAGAACGGCCAGAUGAUAGUGACCACCUGGGACACAGCGGGGGGCGACAUAAACGACAGUGCCACCAACGCUGCCGUGCUGCAGCUGGAGGCCGGAGACUUUGUCUACAUCCAGCUCUACGCCAACCGCAACAUAUACGACGACAACGGCCGCUACAACACCUUCAGCGGCCUCAUGCUCUACCCUCUGUAAAAGGCCAGUCGUUCAUUUUUUGGGAGUUUUGAGGUUGAUUUGCCAGUGUGAUGGUGGUGGAAAGGAGGGGUUGGCUGGAUUAGUGGUUAUUGUUGCCAAAAAUAUAUAUUUUGGCUUUUGGCCUUAAUGCAAAUAAAAUAAUAUCUAUAAUGUUUGACAUUAA